CACAGAGAGGGGGCUUUCGUUUCUCUUUCUCUUUCACUUACCCCCUUGUGUUCGUCUAUAUAUAGACACAUCCCUCUUCUUACAAACCCACACACAGAGAGAGACAGAAAGAGAGAAAGAAGCAAGCAAACAAGCAGCACAAGGCAAAGCUAACUCUCUCUCAGCAAGCUUGAACAAAAUGGAGACCUUCCUAUUCACAUCUGAAUCAGUGAAUGAGGGACACCCUGACAAGCUGUGCGACCAGAUCUCUGAUGCAGUGCUUGAUGCCUGCCUUGCCCAGGAUCCUGACAGUAAAGUUGCCUGCGAAACUUGCACCAAGACCAACAUGGUCAUGGUUUUUGGCGAGAUCACAACCAAGGCCAAUGUAAACUAUGAGAAAAUCGUGCGUGACACUUGCCGUGCUAUUGGGUUUAUCUCUGAUGAUGUAGGUUUGGAUGCCGACAACUGCAAGGUCCUUGUUAACAUUGAGCAGCAGAGCCCCGAUAUUGCUCAGGGUGUCCACGGUCAUCUAACCAAGCGACCUGAGGAGAUUGGUGCUGGUGACCAGGGUCACAUGUUUGGUUAUGCAACUGAUGAGACCCCUGAAUUGAUGCCCCUCAGCCACGUUCUUGCAACCAAGCUUGGUGCUCGCCUGACAGAAGUUCGCAAGAAUGGUACCUGCCCAUGGCUGCGACCAGAUGGUAAAACCCAAGUGACUGUCGAGUACUACAACGACAAUGGUGCCAUGGUUCCCAUUCGUGUGCACACCGUCCUCAUCUCCACCCAACAUGAUGAGACCGUCACAAAUGAUGAGAUUGCUGCUGAUCUUAAAGAGCAUGUCAUCAAGCCUGUUAUUCCUGAGAAGUACCUGGAUGAGAAGACCAUCUUCCACCUUAACCCUUCCGGUCGCUUUGUAAUUGGUGGACCUCACGGUGAUGCUGGUCUCACUGGCCGCAAGAUCAUCAUUGACACUUAUGGUGGGUGGGGUGCUCAUGGUGGUGGUGCUUUCUCUGGAAAGGACCCCACCAAGGUGGAUAGGAGUGGAGCAUACAUUGUCAGGCAGGCUGCAAAGAGCAUUGUGGCCAAUGGGCUCGCCCGGCGGUGCAUUGUGCAGGUUUCUUAUGCCAUUGGUGUUCCUGAGCCCUUGUCUGUUUUUGUGGACACGUACAGGACUGGAAAGAUUCCGGACAAAGAGAUUCUCAAGAUUGUGAAAGAGAGCUUCGAUUUUAGGCCUGGAAUGAUUGCUAUCAACCUGGAUCUUAAGAGGGGUGGCAAUGGCAGGUUCUUGAAGACUGCUGCAUAUGGGCAUUUUGGCAGGGAUGACCCCGACUUCACAUGGGAAGUUGUGAAGCCUCUCAAGUCAGAGAAGAUUCAGGCUUAAUUAAGGCGUCAUUAUGGAUUACCGAACCAUAUUACUUUUUUUGGCUGCUUAUGUUUGCUUAUCGGUUCAUACCUUUUUUUCUUCUGUUGUUGCUAUUCAUUUUUUUGGCUAUGGGAGGUGAAAAACAAAAGAAGUGGGUGUGGAUUGCCUUUGUAGUCUCUAUGUAUUGCUUAUUGCUGCUGAGAGACAUAGUAAUAUCCACAAGAAAAUGAGUGCACUAGACAGUACAUUGUGAAAUGAUGUGAUUGUUUACAAAGAUUUUAUUUUAAUACUAAUCAUAAGCCGGCUCUUCCGUUAA